CUUGCAUGUAGGAUUUCAGUGGGGAUCCUGUGAGAAAAGCAGUUCUGACAUGAAUGUUUAUCGCACUGAAUUGGCCAGCUAUCCACAGCAGCUGCUUGCUUGAAGUUAUUUUUCUGGAGAAAGAAUCCACAAUUGCUCUGUGGCUGCCUUUGGAAGGUAAAUCCUUGAAUUCUGCUGGAAAUAGGGCUGCAACCAAAUGAAAGGGCCAUAUGGCUUUAUUACGAAAAAUUAAUCAGAUCCUACUAUUCCUUCUUGUUUUGACUCUCUGUGUUAUUCUGUAUAAUAAAGUUCAAAAGAUGCCAUCUGCUAUUCUGAAUAAUGAAUCCAUUGACUUGGAGAGCACGGAGGAGAUGGAAGAAGAAAUUCCUGUGGUGAUAUGUGCUGCUGCAGGCAGAAUGGGUGCAGCAGUGGCUGCAAUCAACAGCAUUUAUACCAACACAGAUUCGAAUGUCUUGUUCUACAUAGUUGGGCUAAAGAGCGGCAUUCCACAUAUCAGGCAGUGGAUUGAAAACUCCAAACUGAAAGAUAUCAAGUUUAAAAUUGUGGAAUUCAAUCCCAUGGUGCUGAAAGGGAAAAUCAGACCAGAUGCAACACGUCCUGAAUUACUUCAGCCUCUAAACUUUGUUCGAUUUUACCUUCCUCUACUUAUCCAUGAACAUGAAAAAGUGAUUUAUCUUGAUGAUGAUGUGAUUGUACAAGGAGACAUCCAAGAUCUGUAUGACAUGAAGUUAGCCCGAGGCCAUGCUGCAGCUUUUUCAGAUGACUGUGAUCUACCUUCAACUCAUGAAAUGGUUAGAAGUGUAGGAAUGCAGAACACUUAUAUGGGGUUCCUGGACUAUCGAAAGCAAACAAUCCGAGAUCUUGGUAUAAGUCCCAGCACCUGCUCAUUCAAUCCUGGUGUCAUUGUUGCCAACAUGACAGAAUGGAAACACCAACGCAUCACAAAGCAGUUAGAAAAAUGGAUGCAGAAAAAUGUAGCAGAAAAUCUAUAUAGCAGCACCCUUGCAGGAGGUGUGGCCACUUCUCCAAUGCUCAUUGUUUUCCACGGAAGAUAUACAAGUAUUAAUCCUUUGUGGCAUAUUCGACAUCUAGGGUGGAGUCCUGAUGCUAGAUACUCAGAGCAUUUUCUUCAGGAGGCCAAGUUACUUCAUUGGAAUGGAAGAUAUAAGCCUUGGGGCUACCCCAGUGGACACAUUGACUUUUGGGAAAAAUGGUUUGUUCCUGACCCUUCAGGCAUUUUUAAACUGAUUCGUCCUAACAGCUAAUUAUGUCAUUUAUCUUUAAGGCAUCAGGAAUAGUUUUCAGCACGAUCAUGGUAUAUAUAUUUGGUGAUGGGAUUUACCUCUUUUAUUGUACAUAGCUCUACUGUAUAAGAUUGUAACUGGAUUCUAUUAUGUACAAGAAACAUGUCAAAAUGAAACUUUAGCAAAAGUGCAGCGAGGCCACAAUGUGUGCACACUAUCAUCUUUUUAGCAGGAGCUGAAACUGAAACAUUGAUUAGGGGAAACAACCUUUAUAAUACCAAGUCUCUAAUUCUGUAAAUAAGAACUUACUAAAAUACUAUUUGUAAAACUUCUGAAUAAAAAAGUUUUGCUCUAAGUGUAUCUUCUGUAUCCAACAUUAAGCCAAAUAAAAUUAAGCAUCCAUUAUUUUAUUUCAAAUAAUUUAGGAUUGUGUUGUUGUAACAGCACAAAUACAAUUAAUCAUUGACUUUUAAACAAUGUUACAAUAAAGCACCAGAAAAUAUUAUAACAA